AUUAACACCCAGCUGUUUUGUCGUGCCGUUAUGGGCCGGCCCACGAAGAAAUUCGGUCCAUGGAUAUGACGAGGCCUACCUGAUCCUCCUGCCGAGCAAUCUUCUUCCUCCCCAAUGCCGCCGCCGUUACCGCCGUCUCCCCCUCCCCCGCGUCUCCUCGCCGGCGGCGACCACCACCCGCCCCCGACCUCCGCCUCCUCCCCGGAACACCCCUUCCACUCCGCGCAUCUCGUCCUCCCCUCCCCGUCUCCGUCCACCGCCGACCUCUCCUCGCCGCACCUACCCUUCGCCCUCGCCUUCGCCUUCAUCACCCAGCCUUCCCCGCUCCCGCGGCGUCUCCUUGUCGUCCUCCACGCAGCCGGCGCCCGCUUCCCCGCCUUCUACCACGCCUUCGCGUCCGCUCUCCUCUCCCUCCCCUUCCCCCUCCUCCUCCCCCACCCACGCACCCGCCUCCUCCUCGCCGCCUCGGAGCUCGCCCGCGCGGCGGCGCCGGGGUUCGCGCCCCUCCUCGUCUCCCUCCUCCGCCGCGUGCCGUUCCCCGGGGACGCCCGCCUGCUCGAGGUCUUGCACGAGCACGCCUCGUUUCUCGCCGACGAGGAGCCCCAGGUCCUCGCCACCGCCGUGUUCGCCUUCCUACGACUCCUCUCCAGGAACCGCCUCGCUCCGGCCGCAGGCAGCGUCGAGUGCAAGGACUGCGAGGAGUGCAAUGGUGCCAAGAAUCUGCAAGAAUGCAGGGGAAGGCUUGUGUCUUUCUGCGUCUCCGUGCUGCGGGAUCACUUCCAAGUGUGCGCACUGCUCGGAAGGGACCUUGUGAGGUCGCUCCACGAGCUGGCGCUCGUGCCCGAGUUCCAGCUGCUGUGGAGAGACUUGAUUCUUGACCGUGCUGCCGACGUCUGUCGGAUUGGCACACCCCGGUGGUGCACGGCGGUGGCCAUCACGUCGGAGAUGGAGACACAGCUCUUGUUCAUGAUGAACAAUGUGAAGUGGGGCGAUCAGAAGAGGUACCAGCUGUGGUUCGCAAGGAAGCACCUGAUGGUGCCUGGAGGGGAGGAGAGGAUCCCUGACAUUGUGCGGUUCAUAUGCUGCGGGUACCACCCGACCAAUGAGGUCAUGCAAUCUGGUGUCAUUGCUCGCUGGGCGGUCGUAGGUUGGUUGCUUACGAGUUGCAGCAAGGGUUAUGUUGUGGCCAAUGCAAAGCUGGCGCUGUUCUAUGACUGGUUGUUCUUCGAGAAGGGGAGGGGUAGUGUCAUGAAUAUUGAACCUGCUAUGCUCCUGAUGGUGAACUCAGUGUCUCAGUACACUGAUAUCACGAACAUGCUGCUUGAGUUCUUGUUUCUUCUGAUUGACAACUAUGAUGUGCAGCGGAAAGAGGUGAUUGCACGCUGUGUGAGGAGUGCGUUUGGGGUGCUGGUGAAGAAAGGAGUGGUUCCGUCAUUGGUGCCAUUGACAGGUUGUGACAAGUUAUCGCUGUUGCUCAGGCAAAAGCUUCUGGCUUUUUUAUCUGAUACUUGUGAGGUGGCUGAAGAAGCUUGCGGGAAGCCAAUCAAUGAGGUUUCUAAAGGAACAGAAUUGAACAAGAGAAUUUGCUGAAGCAUGCAGGUAAUUUAUGGUUGUCAUAACCAUCUCUUGGAGGAAUGAAUUCAGCACCUAUUCAUCAGGAUUUCCUUGUUUUGGAAACUUUCAUAAACCUGUAAAGGGGGAAAUAGAAGGUGCUUUAGGUUUUGUAUAAGGACAAGAGAGAGGUGAAGAAAAUUUUGGAAGCAGGCAUAAGGAAUGUGAAAUAUGGGUUAAUCUUUGGCUUGCCCUGUUACCUGCGAGCCAGUUUCUUGAUUGACAUUUACAGGCGCAUAAGGAAUGUGAAAUAUGGGUUAAUCUUUGACUUGCCCUGUUACCUGCAUGCCAGUUUCUAAUUGAUAUUUACAGAGGCACAUCCAACAAAGAUUGCACUACUCGUUCAGAUACCAACCUCUUUGGUCUAUAGUACCUGGCAUGGAUUUACUGCCUGGUUAACCUAUGAAGCAGUUGAAUUUGUGUGUGAAGGGAUUAUUUCACUGGUGGUAUGUUCAUCUAAAGGGAUGGUUACAUUUAUCUCAAGGAUGAAAUUUGUGCUUCUCAUGACUCGAUUUCCCAUCAGUUCAAAAUAUUGAUAAUUGGAAUACAGCAGAAAAAUAGGUCUUUGUGCAAAUUUUUCACCAUCCAUAAUUGAAAACUGUGAUGACUGAUAAGCUUUUCGAUGCUUCAAGUUGAAGUUACACAACAUAAUAAGAUUCUGUCAGCGAGGCGUUCAGAUCCAAUGUUUGGCUGUGUUAAAAAAUGGUAUGCAUAGCAUCUUGGUGAAACUGAUUUUUUUUUUGUAUUAUACUAUUAUUUCUUUAUAUAUUGAAAAGUUCUAUACACAUCAGCCCUGAAAGUGAUAUUUCUCCAAAGUCUGGAGUUGUAGCAGUCCAUCCAAUUUUUUAUGUAAUUCUGAAGUGUCUGUCAGACCAAAAUUAUGUGCUUGUAAACAUUUUGUAGCUAUUCAGUGUUUUGUUAUUCAAUAGUGAAAUCACUUCCAUGUCA